GUGCUGGGUGUUGUAGUCGAAUGCGGCGCGCGCGCAGGGCACUCGUGUACUAGAAGCAAAUCGCUUUUCCAAUUCGAAAUUUUGAAUAACGAUUUAGAAGGUUUCGCUUAGUUGUGCACAGUGUAUCGGAAGCCGCCAAAUAUAAAUAAAAAAAUAAACAGAAUUUAACCGUUCCUCAGUAAUUUACAUUAAGAUGAUCUUAUUAGUAAUACCCGAAAAAGUGGACAUGUCUCUUUCAAUACAAUAGAAUUGGCGAGUGUAUUUCUGGAGGUGUACACCUAUUGUUAUAAGACGAGAUGAUUAACAUCUAUUCAUGGAUUUUUUUUCUGAUCCUGCAAUGUGUUCUCGUUACACCGUGGCCUGUCCAUAUUGAACUGGAUGAAAAACAAGUAAAUUCUGAAUAUGACCACAACACUCAAAAUAUACCAAAGUAUGAGAACACUGCUUAUCCUCAUAAUGAACAAGUCAUAUCUGUAAGAAUUACAUCGUCAGUGGCUGUAGGCAGGCAGAAAGGAAAGCAUGUGCCAAAUAAUUUUGAAAGUACUGGCUAUACCUAUAACGAACCUAUAAUAUCCACCACAGAUCCUACGACAAAAAUAAGUAAUUCAGAAAAUGUAAGGAAUACAGUACUGGAAACUUCUAGUAAUGCACCAGCUAGUCUUAUUGGUGCUAACAUAGAAUUUAUUAAACAACUCAAUGCAAAGAAAGAGUUACAAGGACUAUAUAAUGAAGAAAAUAUUCACCCAAUUCAGUAUAAUAUAAAAAAACAUUCCGAAGAGUUUCAUCGUCAUAAAGAUAAUUAUAAUGAUGACCGAGAUACCCCAGCAGACAUUCUAACAACGGAUCAUAAUUAUGAACAGAACGACUACAAAACUGAUAAUAAAAGUAGGAAUUAUAGUAGUGACUCGAUAUUAGAACACCAUUACGAUAUCAACAGUGAAAUUGGCAGGAAUAACGAAAACGUACCAAUUGCUCGAUCACUGACUCGAUCAUUGAAUAACGAUGUUAAUAAAAAGAACAUUAUAGUACGUGAUCCAUAUCAAUUUGAAACACACAAUUCAAACUACAACGAAUCGGAUGAUUCUAUUGCUGAAUCGUCAAUUAAGGCAGUUUUAGAAAUUAAUGACAAAAAUAAUAAAAACAAUGAAAACGUACCUAUCGCCAGAUCAGUACCAAUAGUACCACCAUCGAAUAAUUACAUACAAGGUCUAAGAAAUAAACCUCGUAAUGAAAGAGGGAACAGCGCAAGUCUGACAACUGUUAGCUUUAAUAUAGUGCAUGAUGCGCCCAAUCAAAAUAAUUACGAUGAAUCUAGAGACGUAAACAAAAAUUCAGAUACUACUCACGGAAAUUUACAAACAUUUUAUGAUCCGCCAAAAGUUUACAGUGAACCCGCUAAGAUAUAUAGCGAACCUGCUAAAUUUUACAGUGAACCCGCCAAAGUAUAUAGCGAACCAGCCAAAAUUUACAGUGAACCAGCUAAAAUUUAUAGCGAACCUGCAAAAAUUUACAGCGAACCAGCAAAAUUUUACAGUGAACCCGCAUCGCUACAUUUACCUCCAAGCGUUCCUCCAAAUUACUCUCCUUGGCAACCUACUCCAGUAGACGUCACGAGCACCGAUAAUACUACUCCAGUAACAACAAUUACUAAUCCCUCAGAUAUAAUUAUGAGACACUCGGUACUAGAACACCAACCAGAGAAAAAUUAUGAAGUAGAUGAGAAAAUUAGUGUUUUGAGUGAAGGUCGCAUACAUGGUGUUCAAGAGACAACUACAGAAAAAUGUAAACAAGAUAAUUGUAAAGUAGGAUAUGUUGUAGAAGGAAGACAAUACAAAAAGUAUAGAGUAGAAGAAAGGACUUCAGAUGGUUUUAUAGUAGGUGAAUAUGGAGUGGUAAGAAAUGAAGACGGAGCACUUAGAGGCGUCAGGUACACGGCAGAUAGUGACGCUAGUCCCCGUCUCAUAUAUGACGCUCUAAUGAAGUUCCUACAGCUUAAGUGAAGUUAAUAGUCAGGAUAAUUAUAGGAACUUAUUUAAUAGUUGAAUAAAAAAACACAACACUUAUUUGCUCAUUUAUUAAUAUGUAUGUACCAUAUUAUAUAUAUAAAUAGCCAACAAUGCAAAGUACUUCACAGUUUAAACAAAUGUAUUUUAUUUAAGACUGACUUUAUAAUUGAUAAUUGAUUUUCCAUUUACUUCUGCAAAAUCUUUCAGAGAAUGAAAGAUUUUGCAAUCCAUUUAUUUUCCAUAAAAUAACUAAAAAAUAACAAGGUAAACAUGUAAUAGCAUAUACAUGUAUAUCAGUACAUAAUUUUUGUAUUAUGUCACUUGGAUAUAAUUUCUGUACAAAACAUUUAAUUCGGUUCUACCCCAUUUUGAGUCUUUGAUACCGGAAAAGAAAAAAGGUUGGCUGAUAGUUUGUUAUGUAUUCCUUCUUAUAUUUAACAUAUUUAGAAGGAAUGUGGUGCCAUGAUCGAAAAUGUUUCUAUACUCUUUGUUUUAGAAUAUUAAGUUAACAAUAGGCAUUUUAAUCUUAUUGUAAUUUUUAUGUAGGUAUGUACAUAAAAAUAUGAAUAAAUAUUGAGGAAUAUA